AUGACACAAAAGCUCGACUUGGGUGGAUCCACUCUACAAAUCCGAGAUUCAAAGUUACAGCUUCGUCUGGCCGCAUCAGCUCAUUUCAGCCAGCCACCAAGCCAUGAAACCCCCCAGAUACCGGUUAAUGUCUCACACUUGUCAGAUAUAGAAGGUAUAUGGAUAACGGAGGCACCAGAGCUGAAGUUGCGCUUCUUCAUCGGGGGAAAUUGGGAUCGAGAUGAAGCAGCCGCAUUCGUAUCAAAGUUGAGAGGCAAACUCUGUGAUAUGAAGAUCUGGUCGGAUGUGGGAUUUUCAGUUGAGCUCAAGGCGGGUGCACGUGAAUAUUGCAUUGACACUUCUGGCUUUCACUGCCUUGAACUUGGUCUGCGCCGAGGGUAUAAAAUGCGGAACCACACAACGGGUCGGACUUUGCCCAGUUUGAUGACCAACCCCCCAGACGCGUGUCCUCCCACCGGUGUACCAGUAGCUAUCUUAGCUUCAAUUGACGUUCGCCUGGAGUAUAUCUUUCAACCCAAGAGUAUACCACCCGUCCAGGAAUAUUUCAAAUUGGAGGAUAGUUUUCUUGGGCGCGAAUCAUCAGCUUUCGGCAGUCCUCGGCUUCUGGGGACAAUGGCAGACGUCACAAUCCUAGAACAUGAGGGUCCUACUGGAAUUCAAGGAUCACAGUCUUUUUACAUAUCUGGGGGUGAAUCGGACUCAUCAUGCGAGGAACUCUUCCGGUUGUUCGACCUGGGAAUUCAAAGACUGGUCAUUUCCAACUCAAUCAAAGAUCCUACAAUCCGUGUCCCACAGCCGGCCACAAUCAAGAGCUUCGCAGAGAUAUCUCCCGCGGUGUUCGAUCCUAGAUAUCGGGAUGCGAUGAACCAGCGAGGAGUAACAAUUCCAAUAAUCACGAAAGCCAUAUCGUCCAUGCUGGCAGGAAAUAAUGAUCCAUCCAUCAAAGCUAAAAUAGCAGAGUUGUUAGAGCUCAGUCGCUCCCAUCACACAGACGGCACAACGAUACAACCUCAAUUUCUAAGUUUCAGGGCUGCGGUCCUCUCAUCACUUUGGCGUAUCGCUCAGGAAGCUGUGCCCAAGACAAAACCCAUCAAAAUACGAGCUUCGAUGCUCUCCACAGAGCGCCUAUCAAAUAGACUGGCUGUGUCAGACGAGACCGUGCGUCGCAUAUCUACGGAUCAACUACAGCUCGAGAGCGGAAACUCGGCACUGAUUCGUUCUAUUCAAACACUCCAUCGCGAUGAGAAUGAAGAAAGUGACGUGUGCUUGUUGAAUAGCGAGUCCGAUGAUCAGCUUUUGGACAAUCUCAGCGAGACAAGCUUCUCAGGCAUCGGGGAAUCGACUCAAACAUCCAUCAAUACAUUAUUCUCAUCAAUUGGGCCUUCUCAGACUUCAUACGGUGAUCAUGGUACUAUGCUUCUCUCGAACAAUGGCGAAUUGGUGGAUUAUCUAGGAAACUAUGCGACAGAUCAUGAUCCUCGGGAAGAUAUGGUUGCACACGAUAUAGACAUUAUAAUGGCUCAUGACCAUUAG